AUGAAGAUCAAGCCGUUGUCUGAAACCCUCCUCGCUACGCAACACAUCGCUCCCAACAACUUGCUGUCGCUGGCAUCACAAGGAAAAAUAUGCACGGCCUUUGGAAUCAAGAUCAUCCCGGGAGGAGAGAUAGUCCAGAUUGCCAAGUCAGCUGGCUACGACUCUUUGUUCAUCGACCUUGAGCAUACAACUCUCACUAUUCGCGAUGCUGGUCAGCUUUGCUUAGUUGCCAAUUCAGCUGGAAUAACGCCAUUUGUUAGAGUGCCACAUGAAUGCGGCCUGGGCUUCAUGCAAAAAGUCCUGGACGCUGGAGCCAUGGGAAUCAUCGUUCCGCACAUCCACACUGUUGACGAUGCUCGUCGUGUUAUCAACGUUUCGAAAUAUCCGCCAAUGGGCCAUCGCUCCAUCAGCGCUGGAUUUUCGCAAUUUGAAUACGCGCCACUGCCUACUUCCAUCAUCCAAGCCGAAAUGAACUCGACCGGAUCCACUGUCUUCAUCAUGAUUGAGACAGCCGACGCCCUCGCCGUUGUUGACGAUAUUGCGGCUCUUCCUGGAUCCGAUGUCCUCCUCGUAGGAUCUAACGAUCUGGCUAGUGAAAUCGGAACGUUGCCUGACUGGGACCAUCCCAAGUUCAUUGAUGCUCUGCGCAGCGUGGGAGCUGCGGCUAAGAAACAUGGGAAAAUUAUGGGCAUCGCUGGCCUUUAUCACCGCCCGGAUAUCUUAUCAAAAGUUAUCCAUGAGUUUGGAGCCAAGUGGAUUGUUGGGGCGCAGGAUGUAGGACUGCUUUUAAAUAGUGGUGCAUCAAACUCAAAGUUACUAAAGAGUUUGUAA